UUCCGCCUUCCUCUUGCUUCAUUAAACAUGCUUCUGUUCUCCAUGCUGCAUCAAUAUUUAUACUUAGUUCGCUAACAGAGGGCCACCACUACCACUAUCACUACCACUACCACAUCUGUACACCACACAGCAUCACUUCUCUGCACCACGCAACACUAUAUAUAUAUCAGCGGUUGCUUCGGUGAGUGUUUUUUCGACCGGGUUUUCAUUUCGGCAUAUAACAAUAACGUGACUAUGUUGAACUUUAAUGAUAGCUGACACCUGUAACUUCUGCGCUACAAAACAGACACACACUAUCAGGCACCCUUCAUCUGCAAACCUUGGAAAGCGUCUCAGGAGUGGUCUCACGAAGCUUCUUCCGGAAUUCCUCAUGAGAAGUGCGUGAGACUUUUAGUGCAGCUGGUGACUUCAUUCCAAAAUGGCAUCCAUUUACGAUCACAUUUUCAAGAAGGGUUCCUUAACACCAGCCUUGGUAGAAAAAGCACGAAUUGAGCUUUAUGAAACUAAAGAUAAACAAACGAUUUGUAUCAAUGAGUUGCGCAAAGUUAUCUUGGAGAAUAAAACCUGUGAUGAAGGGCAGGAAGUCUUUGAAAUGGUAGAGAAAAAAGAUGAUGAUUUUUUACUGAGAUUUCUACGGGCCCGGAAGUUUGAUGUCAAGAAAACAUAUGGAUUAUUGAAAGGACACCUAAAAUUUCAUAAAAACUACCUUCAACUCACAUCCGACCUCACUUUAGAAUCAGUUCAGCCCUGCCUUGAGCGAGGUUACCCUUGUCUGUUACCACUAAGAGACAAAGAGGGAAGGACUGUGUUCUGUUUUAGUAUUGAAAAUUGGGACAAGAAUGAAUUCCCUUUCCUGGUAAUAAUGAGGGCUUACCUCUAUUUAUUACAAAAGCUCAUUGUCAACCAUCAGACACAAGUUACUGGUUGUGUUCUUAUUGAGAACUUCUACAAUUACUCCCUGAAACAGGCAUGGGGCCUGAAAACAUCAGAGUUAAAAGCAAUGGUGGAUAUUCUUCAGGUAAGGUUUCAUUUUUUCUCAUAAGAUUUACUUGUUCGG